AUGGCAAGCAACAAGCCGGCAGUGGCAGCACCAACGGCGCCGCCAAAGGUGAUGCCCAAGCCCAAACCCAAGCCGGCAGUCAAGCCAAAGCCGGCAGAGUCGACCCCACCUCCCGCGCCAGCGGCCCCAGCCAGCAAGCCAAAGCCGGCUGUUCCGCCCCCAGCUGCCUCCAAGCCCCUCGUCGAGCCGCCUGCGGCCGCCCCCAAACCAAAGGCCCCUAUUGCUGCCCCUGUCUCGGAAAACACCACCCCUGCCCCUGCCGAGCCCGAGACUGCCGCAACGCCCGCACCACCACCCGCACCGCCCGCACCACCUGCACCACCCGUCGCUUCUGAACCGCCAGCAGCCCCAUCAGAUGUCACUCCUACCUCUCCUGCGAGCGCGCCCUCGACCGUGCCUGCACUGGCACCACGCACCGCAACUUCACUGGAAUCCGAAUCUGCGGCCGACGCCGAACCCGGCAUUUACGGCAACAUCUCAGCCGUCUUGCCCCGCGUUCCGCAGCCCACACCUGAUAACUUUGGUCAGGUGGCUGAAGAGGAGGAGCACAUCUACGGCAACACCUUACGCAAUGCCACGUCCGAGUCUGCAGAAGGUGAACAUGUCUAUGGCAACACCGAGGGCGCUGCUGUCAAGGCACAGCCCACCCCGCUUAGCCUAGCCUCACAUGAUCCGCAUCCGGCGCCCCAGCCACCAACACCUUCCACCGACGACUCCGCUGCACCUCCCCCUGUAUUACCGCGCGGUGAGGCAACUCGCCAGCCCGUAUAUGAAAACUGGUCACCACUGAAUCGCCUUGAUCAGCCUUCAGACCCCAAGCCUCGACAGCCAGACCUUGGGCUCGCCCAGGAACCCGAGUGUGAAUACGAAGCACCCGUGCCCCUGGGCUCUCAGGUGGUGGUGCACACCUCUGUUCCCACCAUCGAACCAACAAAUGGCAUCGCGCCUGCUCGCCCCCCACCCCCUGGCCCACGCGGGGUCGUCCGCCAGUCCAGUCUUCCCGAGGGUGCCGAUACCGUGAUUGAAGACAAACUCCUUCACCUUCACCAAGAUCUCAAUACUAUCGUUCAUGGUGACCAAGCCAAGGUCCGCUCAGAUUCCCUGGCUGCCAGCUUGGCCACCCAAAUCCGCCGUCAAACCCUCUCGCUGCGCAACAAACCCAGUGCUGCCGCUGCCCAGUCUGAACCAUCAGAGGAUGAGCAAGGCUCGGAUGACAAUGAGGGGGUCAGUGAGGAGGUAUCGGACGACGACGUCGAAGACACUGGCGAGCCCGCCGAAGAAGAAGAUACUGGCGAUCAGGCCCGUGAAGACAGUGGCGCCGAUGAUGGUCAAGAAUCAAGCAUCACUCGCAAGGCUGGCCGGAGCACAUUCCGCAACCUCCUCAAACGCGGCGGCAGUAAAAAGUCGACGCGUUUGCCCAAAGCAUCGCUUCCUGUUGUGCGACCAGAUGACCGUUCAGAGGCCCCGAGCAUCAUUGCUGCAGUUCCCGAGCACAAACGCGUUGAGCUCAUGAUGCAGGUCAAGGAUGGUGCCAUGACCAUGGAGGAGAUGGACCGACGUCUGCUUGAGCUGGCACAAGACUACCAGUCGCGCGCCGAGUUGGAGGCAGCUGCCGCUGCCGCCGAGGCCGAGUCCUCAAUGAAGAAAUCAAAGUCCAAGAAGAGCAAGAGCAAGAAGGAGAAGAAGAAAAAGUCAUCUGCCAAGCCAGGCCUUUCCACGUCCCAACUUCGCGCGUUAAUGACCAUGGUAAAAAAUGGCAUCAUCACGCAAGAGCAGAUGGCGGCAGAAGUGGCCAAAGCUUUGCUUGCGGAUGGUGACGACACAACAACAGCUGCGCCUGCGCCCGCAGCUCCCCCGAGUCAACCAACUGCGGCCGAUGCGGGGGCUCUGUAUGGCGUCGCUGUUGAUAAUCGCACGGGGGCCGCAGUUGACUUGGCAGCGCGACGGGCCAGCCAGUUGAUUGACACGACUGCCCCAGCAACACAGCCAGCACAGGCCCCGGCGCCUGUGCCUGCCCAAAACACCGUGGCUGCCCCUCAGGCACCUUCAUCCGAGCCAGCACCACUGGCCACAAUCGAUCCCGCACCACCCGUCUCAGCCAACACUGGUGCUGCUACCGGCUAUCCCUCCGAAGACAUUUACGAGCCAACCCCAGUCGAUCAUCCAAAGCCCAAGUCACAGCCGUCUGUUCGACGUGCGCCCGCUCCGCUGCCUCAAGGUGGUGCCAGUGCGCCUACCAUCCCCGCACCCUAUAACCCCAAUGGUGCAGCCGCACAGCCUGCUGCAGAGGUGAGUGCUUUGUUCAACCCUGCCGGCCGCCAGAAUCUUCCACAGCCUCUCUCACUCGAACCGCAUGUGAUAAACCCACAGGAUCAGGUCCUGUACACGGAUGCAGAGACGGCACAGGCCAUGCGGGCUGGAUCCCAACCAGCUAUCAUGGAGGAGCCCGAGGAUGAAUAUGCAGCGCUACCACCCGCAGCAGCCGACCCAGUGCAACAAUCGCACCGAAGACUCCAAAAUGAGAUGCAAGUAGGCCUGUCUCAGCGUUUAUCGCAACGCUUGCGUACCAGUAACGACUCGGAGCUCAAUGGAGCCAUUGAAGAUGCUCUGACCAUGAUUGCUGACAUGGCGGCCGAGGCCUCGACGCUGCCGGCCGAAGCAGGCCCUCAAAGCAUUGAGGAAUUUCGCCAGAGUCUGAUUUACGAUGACGUAUAAUCUGUGAGGUGUGAGUGGGCUCUCGUUCAUUCACUUCUCAAGUCCCUUUCUGACGCCGCUUUUUUUUUUCUUGUGUGGUGCAUUGUCGGGACCAUCGUGGUCCAGAGAAAAGAAUUUAACCAUAAGAUCUGC